AUGCACAUGGCCAAGAAAUACAAUAAGAAGGGGCUGAAGAAGAUGCAAGUCAACAACACUGAAGCCAUCAUGGUCCAAGUAGAGACCAUCAAGUCCCUGAGCACCAAGGCCUCCAAGGUCAAAUUCCUUAGGCCCAAGAUCUCCGAGGCUGCCAAGCCCACUGACCCCAAGGUCACAAAGUCUGACAACCAAGGUCACAAGUCUGAUCCUAAGGCCACCAAGUCUGAUUCUAAGGUCAUGAAGCUCAGAUAUUCCAAGGCUGCUAAGCCUACUGACCCCAAGCCUGCCGAGUCCAUCAGCCCUAAAGGUGCCAAACCCAAAGAUGCUGGGGCUAAAGCUACCAGUUCCACGUCUUUAAAAUAG